AUGCUAGAUAUCUUUUUUGGAUGGCCUCGAGUCAACAAUGGUGAUGUAGAUCUCAAGCUGCUUGAGGAACGACUUGGGUUUCUGAUAUGUGAGCUAUCCGUUAAAUGCGAGGGACUUGCGAUCCAUCCCUUUUUGUUAGCGCUCCCUGUAACUGUUGCAACUUCCUAUUCAUUCGCACUUCCUGCUGCUACACCUCCUAACACCAUUGUUUUUGCCAAAGGAAGAGUUCGGGUUAAACACAUGUUAUUGGCCGGGAUCCCAUUGAACAUAGUGGGUGGUUUAGCUGCUGUUGCAGCUGUAUCAAGUUACACGAUGCCGAUAUUCGGGUUAAAUACUGUGCCUUCCUGGUCUAAAUCUGUGACGAAUACAACAAACACCUGA